AUGGCUUUGGAUAUCCUCCUCUCAUGGUCAACCGAGCCAUUUACAAUCGCAGCCACGUUGUUGUUUUUCUUAUUCCUUCUUUUCUGGUCACUUAAGAGAAGAAGCCACACUUACACACCCACAAAGGCAACACCGCCUCCGGAAGCUGGUGGUGCAUGGCCUUUGAUCGGCCACCUCCACCUUUUAGGUGGUUCCCAACCACCUCACAUCACGCUGGGUAAUAUUGCUGAUAAAUAUGGACCCAUCUUCACCUUGCGUUUAGGUGUUCACCGAACUCUGGUUGUGAGCAACUGGGAAAUGGCUAAAGAGUGUUUUACCGUAAACGACAAAGCGUUUGCUACUCGUCCCAAAACUCUAGCCAAUGAAAUUUUGGCCAAAAACCACUUUGGUUUCGUACCCUACGGUUCAUAUUGGCGUGACGUGAAAAAGAUAGCCACAGUGGAGGUCCUUUCCGCCAAACGAACGGAGAUGCUGAAGCAUGUGAUGGAAUCGGAGGUGAAGGCAGCAAUGAAAGAUAGCUAUGAUUCUUGGGCAAAGAUGAAGGAGAGUGGUACUGAAAAAGUGGUGGUUACUGAGAUGGAGAAAUGGUUUGCGGACAUAACACUGAAUGUGGUGUUCAGAACGGUGUUAGGAAAACGCUUAGUUGCGAGAAUGGGUAGUGAUCGGGAUGAGGAAGAGAACAAAAAUAUUCGGAAGGUAUUUAGGGAAUUCUUUCGUCUCAUGGGGUUAUUUACUAUUUCUGAUGCUCUACCAUAUUUAAGAUGGUUGGAUUUGGAUGGUGAGGAGAAGAAAAUGAGAAAAACAUCUAAAGAAUUAGAUGACUAUGCUACGGUUUGGCUUGAGCAACACAAACAAAAGAGAAAGAAUAAUGGUUCAGGGGAAUGA